GUGACUUUGACCAACAGAUGUGAUUGGCGCUAGGACCCAGGGGAGCGGUGGUGACUAACAGAGGGAGUCUCUCCGGCUGGAUUCGUUCAAAGUUCUCCGAGUCUUUUUACCUGCAGCGCCGCACGUUUUCUGAAUAAACCUGCUUCAGUCUGUCAUAAAAGAAGGGAGAUUUCACAUUUCUUUGCUUUUCGUUUUUUUUUCUUUUUUUUCUUUUUUUUCGUCGUCGUCUUCCUGAAACACCUGUCUGAUCCAGGUAACUCACCCAUGAAGAGGGAAGUCCUUGGGCAGUGAGCGGCGUAAAGCUUGUGUUGCAGGCAUGUGUUCCAGCCGUUCUAUAUGCGGUGGCAACAGCAGACCCCGCCGCUCGGGCAGCUCGGGUGCAGGAGCCCACUAUGCCCUUUGCGCUUUGGGAGUGGGGCUGAUCGCCCUGGGUGUCAUCAUGAUAGUGUGGACCGUGAUGCCCGCCGACAUGAAUCCGACCACCGCUCCAGCAGGAAACAGCACCCAACCGGAGCCUAACCCUGGAGAUGCACAACGCACCCAGUCGUCGUCCGUGGCGUUGGUGCUGGUCGGAGUUGGGCUGGCCAUGUUGCUUUUGUCUAUUUGCCUAAGUCUGAGGAGCAAGAGGAGAGCACAGGCUGCCAGUAACCAGGCGGUGGAAACUGGUGGCCCUUUGAUGGGCCACGUGCCAGGACACGCUGAGACUGAAGCUGUCGACUCAAACGCGUACAGCGUGCCGAGUUACGACGAAGUCGUCGGAAGCAACAACUUCCCCGUCCGCCAGAGUAACCUUCGACAGAGCACCUCGCAGCUGCCGUCCUACGAGGACAUCAUCGCCGCCGUGGAAAACGAGGGCAGGGAUCUAACGGAGAACCCCCCUCCCGCUGAUUCCACGCCGGCACAGCCCGCCUCCGAUCAGGACGCGCACGCCACCCUCACGGCGAACCCCAGUCUGCCCACCCGCAGCUCCAGCCGGGCCAGCCGGAUACUGCGGCCCCUCCGAGUGAGGAGAAUCAAGUCGGACAAACUGCAUCUGAAGGAGCUCCGCCUCCAGAUCCGCACCCCCACGCAGAACCCAGUGACAAUCGAGCCCAUCACUCCACCCCCCCAGUAUGAGAAUAAAAUGCCCGAGUUACAGUAGGAGCGAUUCUAACCUCUCGUUUUAGUCAUAGAUCUAAAGAAACAGAUUUUAAGAACUGAUGAGGAGUUUGAAAGACAGUUUUCAGACGUGCAGCUCGGUUCUGCAUGACGGAGGCCGAGCAGACGCUUUGAAACUCCAGUUUUAUCGAAAUGUUUUGUGUAGAAACUUGUGAUCUGACUAUUAAAUUUGUCUAAAUGUCUUAUUAA